GAUUCCAACUUUGAUACAGCGACAACAGCGUACGAAGCUGGGACUCAGAUUUUGAGUCCUAAUCCGAGAAGAUCUCAAGCGCAACAAAUAGGAGGACCCCGAUGCAAUAUAGAAUCCUAAUUCAAGACGGGAAACAAAAAUCCAGCCCCUAUAAGUGCAGCAGCGAGCAGCGAAGGACGGAGGAGAAUAGCAACAGAGAAACGGACGCAGCCCAGCUCUCGACCAGAGUUCUUCUUCCUGCGCCAAUUCUGGAGGAAUCGGCGAUUUGUUCCGCUCCCGGGCUCCGCCGCUCCGCAUGCCGUCCUUUGCCACCAUCGGGGUAAAGAGGGCAACGGUGGGUGAUGAUGGAAGCUCAAUCAGAAAAGUUUUCUGUCAAUUUUUUGAUGGGAGGAGGAGCAGCCAUGUUAUCAAAAAGUGCUGCAGCACCUAUUGAAAGAGUUAAACUCUUACUGCAGAAUCAAGGAGAGUUGAUAAAAAGAGGACACUUAAAAAGACCAUACUUGGGUAUUGGUGACUGCUUCCAUAGAGUUUUGAGAGAGGAUGGUUUUGUGUCCCUCUGGAGGGGUAACCAGGCCAAUGUCAUACGAUACAUCCCAACUCAGGCUUGCAACUUUGCAUUCAAGGAUUACUUCAAAAGUCUCUUUGGGUGUACAAAAGAAAAAGAUGGGUAUGCAAAGUGGUUUGCUGGAAAUCUAGCCUCAGGAAGUGCUGCUGGAGCAGCCACCUCAUUAUUUCUUUAUCAUUUGGACUAUGCACGAACUCGGCUUGGAACUGAUGCAAAGGAAUGCCCCAUUAAUGGAAAACGCCAAUACAAAGGAUUGGUAGAUGUUUAUGCUAAAACAAUGUCAAGUGAUGGCAUCAUUGGGCUCUACCGAGGAUUUGGUGUUUCAUUGAUAGGAAUAACUCUGUAUCGAGGCAUGUACUUUGGAAUCUAUGACACCCUAAAACCGGUUGUUUUAUUUGGAACCUUGCAGGACAAUUUCUUUGCAAGUUUCAUGCUGGGCUGGGGUGUGACCACUAUUUCUGGGAUCUGCGCCUACCCUUUUGAUACACUGCGGAGAAGAAUGAUGCUAACUUCUGGACAGAAACUGAAGUAUCGUAAUGCCAUUCAUGCACUAAGAGAAAUUGUUCGCCUUGAAGGACUUGCAACACUUUUCCGAGGAGUUACAGCAAACGUACUGUAUGGAGUUGCAGGUGCUGGAGUACUUGCAGGAUAUGAUAAGCUGCACCAAAUUGUAUAUAGACAUGGCUAUAGCUUUGACUCUCAAAGUGCUUUUUAAUAAAUUAUCCAUACUUGCAAAAAUUCUUGUAAAGGAAACAAAUUCUUAUAAAGAGAUUGAAAUUCCAUUACUCUGAACCAAGUAGAAUCAAUGGGGAAAACCAAUUUCAGAAGAUGAUUUUGUAGCAUCAUUGAAUUUGCUAGUACAGAAGGAGAGUUGUUAUUGCUGACAAUAAGGCACAUUUCUGUUG